AUGAAUUCGAAAAUACUGUUAAAUAUAAGGUCAACCAUUUUAAACGGUUAUUCAAAAAGGAACCUUAACAACAAUGUAGCUAGCAUAACCAAAAUACAUCGAGAGAUUUAUACUAGAACGUACCCUACAAAAGUAGUUCUACCAAAUGGAGCUUCAAUCAACAUUCGUUAUCAUGAACCUAGAAAAAUUAUCAGACUACCACUGGAUCUUUCGUCCCUCACUGAGGAAGAAAAGAAAAUGAGAUUAGAAAAAAGGAAGCCCAAAAGAAAAGUCAAAAUUAGUGAUACAAUUGAAGACAAUUUUAAUGCAAAGAAAUAUUUGAAGUACCUCAAAAAAUAA